CGCGUUUCAACUUUUCCUCACCGCCAUCGUCACUCUCAGGGAAUGGGUAUUAAAGGUCUUACUGGUCUCAUUUCUGAACAUGCACCUCAUGCAAUCAAAGAACACGACAUAAAAACACUAUUUGGCCGUAAAGUCGCGAUAGAUGCCUCCAUGUCGAUAUAUCAAUUUCUCAUAGCCGUUCGUCAGCGAGAUGGGGAAAUGCUCACCAACGAUGCCGGAGAGACAACGAGCCAUCUCAUGGGAUUCUUUUACAGAACGAUACGAAUCGUGGAGAAUGGAAUAAAACCUGCCUAUGUUUUCGAUGGGAAACCGCCAGAUUUGAAGAAGGGCGUGCUAUCAAAACGUUUCGCAAGGCGAGAAGAAGCCAAGGAAGAAGGUGAAGAAGCUAAAGAAGUCGGUACUGCGGAGGACGUGGACAGGUUUUCGCGACGAACAGUGAAAGUCACCAGACAGCAUAACGAGGAAUGUAUUAGGCUCUUGAAGCUCAUGGGGAUACCUGUUAUCACAGCUCCCUCAGAGGCCGAGGCGCAAUGCGCUGAACUUGCACGAGGGGGUCAAGUCUACGCGGCCGGCUCAGAAGACAUGGACACUCUUACCUUCAACGCGCCCAUUCUAUUCCGUCACCUCACCUUCUCCGAAGCAAAGAAGCAACCCAUUAGUGAAAUCAACCUCAAGGCAGCCUUGGAGGGGCUAGACAUGAACAUGAGCCAGUUCAUUGACCUCUGUAUCCUCCUUGGCUGUGAUUACUUGGAGCCUAUCAAGGGCGUUGGUCCCAAAUCUGCUCUAAAACUUAUUCGAGAACACGGAGAUUUGGAGGACGUGGUUAAGCAUCUGCGGGCAAAAGAUACAGAGAAGGCCGCUGCCGCUGCGGCAGCGGCAUCUUCAGAUGAAGAUGAAGAAGAUGUGCCGGCACCCACCUCCGAUGUCGAACAACCAGAUGAGGAAGGGGAGGGUGGCAUGGACGAAACCGGUGGAAAGGAGGAUGAGGAUGAGGAUGCUGAGAUGGGGUCUGGUUGUGAGGAUGGUAAGCCCAAGACAUCAAAAGGUAAGGAGAAAGCGUCCUCAUCGAAAAAGAGCAAGGCGAAGACAAAGACGAAGAGCGCUGCAAAAGGAAAAGGAAAAGGCAAAGGCAAAGGCAAAGGUGGUGUCUCGAUGCCGGAGGAUUGGCCUUGGGAGGAAGCUAAACGUUUGUUCGAGAAGCCAGAUGUAGCACCCGCAGAUCAGGUUGAGGUGAGAUUUUCCCCAUAUCCUCCCUUUUCAUUCACACACAAUCGGUCACCGGAGAAUGCUCAUGUUUUCCGUUUUCCGCAGCUCGAAUGGGGAAAUCCCGACGUGGAUGGCCUAGUCCAAUUCCUUGUAACUGAAAAGGGCUUCAAUGAGGAGCGUGUACGCAAAGGUGCUGAAAAGCUUCAAAAAUUCUUAAAUGCGAAGCAACAAGGGCGGUUAGAUGGCUUUUUUACCGUGAAAGCCAAGGAAAAGACGGAGCCUGUUAAAAAAGGCGGGAAAGACGGCAAGGGGAAGAAGGGGGCAAGUAAACGAAAGGGAGAGGAUGCUGGUGGCGGCUCCAACGCGAAGAAAGUGAAGAAAUCAAAGAAGUAAGAACGAUGUCUUGCACGUUGUACGUAUUGUCACGAUGAUUUCUUUUUUCUAUUUGUAUUACUUUAAUACUUACAUCGACACAACUCUGCCG